GGUGGUUCUUCGACCAAAGCAAUUUGCCAGGCCAGGCCAGGCCAGGCCAGGCCAGGACGGGAGAGGGCAUGAGAGGAGAGGAGAGGAGAGGAGAGUGACAGGACGGGAGUGGGGAGGUGAGGAGAGGACAGGGGAAGGAGGAAGGAAGGGGGAGCAGGUUUUCGUCACGUUCCUCCUCCAUUUCCUCUUCGACUCGCAGGAAUUGGAGUUGUCGCACGGCGGCGACGCUGUGAGUGUGUGCGUGUGCGUGUGUGCCUGUGUGGGUGUGUGCGUGUUUGGUUACGCAGCAGCAGAGAGGAACCCGGAAGCCGACUGUGGACUUGUUGUCUGAACGCCGGACGGCUAUGGCGGCCGCGGUGACUGCAUGCGCCGGGAUCUCGUCCCAGGCCGCCGCAGAGCUGGGGCAAACAGCGCAUCUAGGGGGCGCGAAGAGUGAUGAAGCCUUCCGGGUGGACAGAGGCGAUGCAAGAGUGACUUGCAAGAAGGCGGACAUUCAUCCCAAAUACUUCAAGGAGGCUAAGGUCUUCUGCAACGGUCAAUAUGUCAUGACAACCUCUGGCUCUCAGCCUGAGUACAGGGUAGAAAUUUGGUCUGGCAAUCACCCCUUCUACCAGGGGAGCAGGGCGCCACUUAUAUCGGACGAUCGGGUUGACAGGUUCAGGAAGAAGUACGAGGGUCUUGGAAGUCUGGGGCAAAUCCCAACUUUGACAAAGGGAGAGAUUAUCAUUGAGAAGAAGAAGAAGCCUGCCAAAGGCAAAGGGGGCAAGAAGAAGUAGACCCCUAUUUUGCUGACCCCUUUUGUUUGCCUUUAAAGUUGGGCCUCAUCAACUCUUAUGUUGUCAACAACACCCCCCCCCCCCAACCCUCUCUCUCUCUCACACACACACUCACAUAUACAUAUCCCCCGCACCCUACCUGUGCUGGGUGUAUCUUUUUGGACCUUGCUGAAAGUCAGAUUGAAUGUCUUGUUACAAUCAAGCAGUUGGGAGGAGACGAUGGUGGUGGUGGGUUUCUCGCUUGCAUCAGUCGCUUAAAAGACGAGAGACUGUGGUCGUCGUGAAGGAGGGGGUCAGGUGUGACAGCCUGUGCGGUGAUGAGAGAUACUUUUAGAGGUGGGGACCACUUCAGAAUUAUAGAUUUGUUCCGAAAGAGGAAUUUGAUUGUGGAGCUCAUCAAGCUUUACGUCCAGCUCAUUAUCCUUUCCCUUCUCGUGUGCUACUAGAUGACCUGUUGAGGGCUUUGGUUGUAAAAAAGAGGACGAUGGAAACUGCAGAGACGGUGCAGGGGUAAGGGGGAGAGAGGAAGCACAGAGGGAAACUGCUCAGCGUCGUGCAGAGAAGAUUGCGGUGGAGAAUUGAAGUGACCGCAGGUCGUGAUUGUACAUUCUCCACACGAACACAGAAAAAAAAAAGAGAGGAAACCCUGCUCGGUGCACCUUGUCUUUCUCGGUGCUCUGCAUUUAAUAUUUCUCUCGAACCUAUUCUCUACUCUUACUCUCUACUCUCCUCUAGUCUACUCGUUUGUACAUCACGAGGUAGUGUUGUGUGGGAGCAGCGCACAGUUCUGGUUGGGAAUACUCUGCUACAACUUGGAGAUAAUUGUAAUGUUGUACCCAUCCUCUCCUUUUCCCCCACCAUACUGAUGAGUUUCAUUUGUUUCUCCAUGUUUUUUCACUGUUACUCUUUACUAGUUUUUAGUAGUUUUCCAUAAGCUUAAAAAAGAAAAGAAAAAAAAAAAAAAGAGUGGCAGCCUCUGUAAGAUGAAAGAAAUGUUUGCACCACUGCAAUUCACAGCGCAACUUGAUUAUGAAAUUGAUUGACAGACAGAAGCAGAGCUGACCAAGUUUGUCGACAGUGGGAACGAGUUAAGUGCAAUCUCUGUUUGCACAACUUCGUUUUUUUUUUCUGUGGCCACCAACCAUGACUGUUUUCACCGCCUUUUGUCUCCAUUGUUUCUCCGUCUUUUUUCUCCCUAUUUGCACCACUGC